AGAAGUCGACCGGUUCUAAAGGACCCGUAUUUCCGCUGUGGUCGUGGUUCCGUCAGUCUCCCGUUAGCUCCCGUUAGCCGAACUGAAGCUCAGAGUUCGUGUGGAACCUCCUGAAGAACCCGCGGACUCUUUUAUCUCCGGUUCUGUCGGAUCACAGUGAAAUGGCGCCUCGCAGAGUCCCGGGCCGGCUAGCUGGAAGCUAACGCCGUCUGCAACUAGCUUUAGCUGCCAUUAGCUUCCCGUCGCGCUAUCUACCAGCGCACCGCUAGCGCGCUAACAGUGCUAAGCAGCUAGCUGCUGCUUGUUUGUUCCGGUGAAAAGACAGAGAAGAAGACGUCAGCAUGCGGAGGCAAUAACCAGGUAAGCGUUAGCUGUAGCUCAGAGAUGAAGUGUUAGCUGGAGGAUGCUACCUGCUGAAGCAGAGAGACGACGGGCCCCAUCACAGUUUCAGCCGAAGAAGUUGGUCGGUCAGCUCGCUGUGAAUCAGACUCUGCAGACCUUAAUCUGACCCCGGGUCAGAGCUUUACCUUCUCUGAGGAGCCCCGCAGCCGCCAUGCUGACCUAGAACCAGCUGUCUGUGCAGUGUGAAUAAUCCAGAGACCAUGUCUGAGAACCAGGCCAACAACAACAACGUCCCCCUGAACAACAACAACAACAACAUGGGACCCAACAGGAUCCGAAACCCCAACAUCAACCAGAACCCCCUCAUCAACGUCCGAGACCGCCUCUUCCACGCCCUCUUCUUCAAGAUGGCCGUCACAUACGCCCGCCUGUUCCCACCGUCCUUCAGGAGAGUCUUUGAGUUCUUCGUCCUGCUCAAGGCGCUCUUCGUCCUCUUCAUCCUCGCCUACAUCCACAUCGCCUUCUCUCGCUCGCCCAUCAACUGUCUGGAGGUAGUGAGGGAGCGCUGGCCCCGUGACGGCAUCCUGCGGGUGGAGAUCCAGAGGAACUCCAGCCGAGCCUCCGUUUUCCUGCAGUACUACGACUCCACGGGCCUCCAGGAGGAGCUGGAGGCCGAGGGGGGCGGAGGAGGAGGAGCGGGCGGGCUCGGUCUGGCAGCGCUGCAGGAGGAAGAGGAGGACGAGGAGGAGAUGACCCUGGAGAUGUUUGACAACAGCUCGGUGCAGUUUGAGCUGGACAUCGAGCCGCGUCUGAAGCCGUCUCUGAUUGGAGGAGGUGGAGGAGGAGGAGGAGCAGGAGGAGUGAACGACAGCCAGGACGUCUCCUUCAGCCAGACCACUAAAGGUAUGCAGCCGCUGAAGGACUCUCUGUCUGAGCUGGAGAUGAUGACCCGAGCAGUGUGGCCUCAGGAGGAGUACAUCGUGGAGUACUCGCUGGAGUACGGCUUCCUGCGUUUGUCUCAGAGCACCAGGCAGAGACUCAACAUCCCCGUCAUGGUGGUCACUCUAGAUCCCAUGAAGGACGAGUGUUUUGGUGACGGCUUCAGUCGCUUCCUGCUCGAUGAGUUUUUGGGCUACGACGACAUCCUCAUGUCCAGCGUGAAGGCGCUCGCCGAGAACGAGGAGAACAAAGGGUUCCUGAGGAACGUGGUGUCUGGAGAACAUUACCGCUUCGUCAGCAUGUGGAUGGCCAGAACCUCCUACCUGGCUGCCUUCGUCAUCAUGGUCAUAUUCACUCUGUCAGUGUCGAUGCUGCUCAGAUACUCUCACCACCAGAUCUUCGUCUUCAUCGUUGAUCUUCUCCAGAUGCUAGAGAUGAACAUGACCAUCGCCUUCCCAGCAGCCCCUCUGCUCACCGUCAUCCUGGCCCUCGUCGGUAUGGAGGCCAUUAUGUCGGAGUUCUUCAACGACACGACGACGGCCUUCUACAUCAUCCUCAUCGUCUGGUUGGCCGAUCAGUACGAUGCCAUCUGCUGCCACACCAACACCAGCAAACGCCACUGGCUGAGGUUCUUCUAUCUGUACCACUUCGCCUUCUACGCUUAUCACUACCGCUUCAACGGCCAGUACAGCAGCCUGGCGCUGGUCACCUCCUGGCUCUUCAUCCAGGUCAGAACCGCAGUCCUCGUACUGACCCCGAGCUCGUGACUCUGACCCAACAGA